AUGUUCGCGUCUCUACUGCGUCCCAAACGCCAGCGCGAUCAGGUGGACCAGUCACCUUUUUCCACCCCAUCUCCAUGGUCUCGGGGUCCUCGCCAUGAUCCCCGGCGGGUCAAUAGAUCUGGUGACAGCAGUGAGGAGGAUGCGCCGGAGCUGCAAGGUAUCGAUGAAGAGGAUAUGGACGAGGACUGGGACGGAGAGGAAGAGGAAGAUGGCCCACUCGAGUCAACCCCUCUGCUGCCCAUGUUCUCUGCGUCGCAUCUAGGUAGGAACAGCUCUCUUCCAUGUGCCGAGCCUGAUACUGACAAGAUUGGGAUACUAGAUGCGCUCCCGGUGUACAACAUCACUCAUGCCAUCCGCCCUUUGAUUGUCUCGCGUUGCGAAACGACCUUGACCUGGGAUCAACUCCGUUCGCCGCAGGUCUCCCAGUUCCUAAUCAAGCCAAUAUUGCUGAAAAUCAUGUCCACCCAGUUCUCACGCGCGACACUCUACGCAUUGAUGGCCAAUUGUUUACAAUUUGAGAAGGAAAUGCAUCUGAGUCCGGGGAAUAGCGGGGCAAAUCAGACACGGGCCAUGGUGAGCGAACUAUUGGCAAUCAAACUGUUACGGGAAUAUUCGACAAAGGAGUUGAUUGACGCGCUGUCUUAUGAGUUUUAUCCGCUCCAAGGCCAGGAUUCGGUCACUGCAAUGGCUCCCGGCCCCCGGAGAAAACAAGUAGUUGCUGCCCGGGUCUCUUGUCUGGAGGUGGCCAUUCGCGCACAGGCGAAACGAUUCUUGGCUCAUCCAGUGGUUGUGCAGCAAUUGGAAGCUAUUUGGGCUGGAACAGUGGUCUUUCACUCAGCCGCGGACAACCUGCAUCGCCGCGUGAAUAGGAACCCAGAAGAUAUGGACUAUGGGACCUCAAUAGACCGGAAUGGAACCCUUGGGACAUCCCCAAGCACUGGAUCUCUUCGACGCUCAGUGUCCCUCUACAAUCCCCGCGACGCGUCUUUGUUCAAGUUGUCAAGAUUGCGGGUGCCCCGCUAUCGACAGUUCCUGUCCACCUUGUCUUAUGCAGUGCUCUUAGGGCUGUUUUUGGCUGUGCUGGAACAACGCAGUCGUAGAAUCACCUCACUCGAGGUUGUGUUCUGGUUUUGGAGUACUGGCUUCAUGCUCGACGAAAUUGUGGGAUUCAAUGAACAAGGAUUUAGUCUCUAUCUGAUGAGUUUCUGGAAUCUUUUCGAUUUGGGCAUCCUGCUAUUGCUCUUCGCGUACUAUUGCUUGCGGAUCUACGGUUCAUUCUUGACCUACCCCCGAAGCCAAAUAGUCACCGAUCAAGCUUUCGAUGUUCUUGCGGCUACGGCACCCUUGCUCUUCCCUCGAUUGUUUUCCAUCUUGGACCAUUAUCGUUACUUCUCGCAACUGCUGAUUGCGUUCCGAAUCAUGGCAUCUGAUCUGAUUGCAGUCUUUGUACUCAUUGUCAUUGCUUGUUCCGGCUUCUUUGUCGCCUUCUUAAGCUUUGGUGACAGCAACUCCCCGAAAGUGGUGGCAUAUGGCUUAUUCCAAAUGCUAAUGGGCUUUACGCCUACUGCAUGGGCAAUGUGGGAAGAAUACAACUUCCUAGGAAAGGCGAUCCUCACGGUUUUCCUUUUUAUCUGUCAUUUUGUUGUCGUCACGAUCUUGAUCACUGUUCUGACCAACUCCUUCAUGAGGAUUGUCCAAAAUGCGAAUCAAGAACACCAGUUCCUGUUUGCGGUGAACACAAUUUCUAUGGUCAAGUCCGAUGCCUUGUUCUCCUACGUGGCACCCACCAAUGUCAUCGCUUGGCUGGUGACACCAUUCCGAUACUUGAUGCCUUUUCGGGAGUUUAUUCGCCUUAAUCGGACCAUAAUCAAGAUCACCCACCUGCCCGUUCUCUUUACAAUCUGCCUCUAUGAGAAGACAAUUCUUAGUGCGCAAUUUGUACAGCCAAUGGAUCUCAUCGAGCCGACAUCACCAAAUGUGACUUCGGCUCCCAAGCAAUGGGGGCCUAGUCGAUUCCGCGGGUUCAGCAGCAGGGUAUCACGUAUGGUACGAGCACCAUCAGUGGCUACUUUCCAGAAGGAUCAAGCAUUAGAAGAAGUGUUCCGCCGGCCAUACAGUGACGAUCGAAUCAGAGGUCCACCAAGCACGGUGCAUGAACGCCAGACCAACAAUGUCAUCAAAGAUUGGAUGCAGGAAAUCGGCUCUGGGCCAGCCAACGGCCCUGAUGAGCAAGAUUCUAUCGUGGUGGACCAUCUCGAGAUGAACCCACGGCGACCCAAGCUUCCCUUCCGCACUCAACUGACCUCUCGUCCUCGCAAUUUUACGGAAACAACGCGCUCAGUGGCCUCGAAUCCUGAAGACCGAACUAGUCGGAUUGCAAGCCCAAUGGUUCGACCUCGGCGCACAAGACCUGAUUCGCCCGGCCACAAACGAGCGCCAUCUCACCAUACGGAUAUGGAGGGCGAUGAUGAGUUGACCAGCAAUGAUGGAGAUUCAAAUGACGAUAAGCAAUCCGCCCAAGGGUCUAUCGGUAACACCGUGGAUCCGGCUGAGGCUUCCGAAAAGCCUUCGCCCAAGUUUUACAGCUCUCGCCCAUCUACCGCGAGAAUGAUUUCUCGCCGCAACAGCCCAACCAGACGUCCCAGGCACAAUCGUAAUGCCUCUGGUGUCACCAUGCUGUACAACCCUGUAGGAUCUCCGAACGAAGAAACUGAAGGCCAGACUACACCUCCGCGACCUAACACGGACUCCUCCGACGAGGAGCCAAUGCCUGUUAUCUCCGCUUCAAUGGACCAGGGCACCAUGAAACGACACAUCCUGGACGCGUCUCGCCCUCGAAACUCCCCACUCGCACUCAAUCAAAUGUCUGUCCCAGAAUUGGACAGCAUCUAUCUAUCGGAUCGACAAACAGGGACACGACCUCGCCCCUCCCUGCUGUUCGAUCUUGGUUCCGACCUAGGCGACAACAAGGCAGUAGCCGGUGGCCUGGGCGCUUUCACCGGUGCCGUUCCAUCCAGUUUCCAAACGCAAAUGGGCUUCGCUGCUGGAUUACGUCGCGAUAUUCCACACCAAACCCAAGACAUGCUUAGCAAGCUCGUUCUGGCCCGCAUGAACAACAUUGAAGAAGGAUUCCGUGAAGUCAUCAAAGAAGUCAAAGAUCUCCGUCGUAGUGAAUCUAGUCGGAGUCCCAGCCGACCGGAUGAGGCUCGUGGAGCAACCCGUGAGAAGAAGAAGCGCGGCGAGAAGAAGAAGCGAAGUCAUCCAUCACCUGGCAGUUGGGCUGGCAGUGGUGGAGAGCCUUCCAAGGGAGAAGGACCUGGCAAUGAUGCAUUGCCAUCUACAAAACUGUAA